GUUGUCAGUCUGCUUUCUAACGACAUUUGCAAAAGCAAAAACAUUAAUUAAGCUGGUUUGUAAAUUAAGGCCGUAUAAUAUUGAGAUUUCUCUCCUACUUGUAAUUUUCACAUCACGUUAAAGGAAUUUGCUUGUUAUGUCUAACGAUACCGAAAGUACAAAUAAAAUAAGCGAAGAAAACCUUAACAAGUUAUCUUACAGCAAAAUGGACGUUAAUGGGACAGAGCUCAACGAUGGGAAGUUCAGUAAUGUUAUUACUGCUUUCAAUUUUGAAAUAACCAAAAUUCCAAUCGAAGAAGUAUACAAAAGGAUCAAGAGUAAUAUUGAUAAACUUGCGCUUAUAGAAUCCCAUGAAAAUUGUGUGCCAUUUCAUUUGGCAAAAAGAUAUAUAGAACAAUCUAUGCAUUUAAAAGAUCCUCAAUCAAAAGAUUUUUUAAAGUCCAAAGAUUAUGAGAUGAUUGAAGCUACAUGGAUGUUUAGAAUUUCUGAUGUGCUAGAAAAAAUCUUUUUGAAUUAUAUAUUAAAUAACGAUAAUAUUAUUCUUCAUGUAACCAAAAAUCGAGAAAAAUUUAUUAAUACUUUGUUCAAUGAAAUUCUAAAAGUUGAAGCACCAGUGAAAAUUGAACAAAAAGAUGGGGUAAAUCAACUAGCGUUGGAUAUUUGGCAAAAAGGUAUGAUAGUUUUUAGAGGGUCUGAUUUAAAUGCAGCAGUGCAAGAAGUUCUAGAUGCAUUCGAUGAUCCAUUAACGGGCGCUGAACUUCAAAGUAUCUAUAUUCAAGAAAGUUGUUCAGAGGAAUUUACAGAAAUAUUAAAAGGAAAGCUACGAUCAUACCCAGAAGAACUUUUAAGGGACAAAUUUUUCUUAAAGGAAUAUAAAAAUAACAUCGAAAUUGUAAAAGGACUAAAUGCUAAAUUGUUGACUUCUGAAGGUAACGAAUUGAGCAAUAAAGUUAUUCCAACGAUUAUAUAUGAUGUUGCAAGAAAACAUUUUCAGGAAAAUAUCUUAACACCAAUAAUAACUUUACAUAUUUUUAGAACAGUUAAAGACGUUGUUUCCCUUCUAGAAGGGGAGCGUAAUUUAUCUAUUUGGUGUUCAAAUACAUCUGUGGCAUUUGAAAUUGUUCGAAAGAGUAAAACAAGUUUGUUCCAACUCAAUUGCUAUGACGUAACUUUUCCUAUUGACUUAAAGUUGAAUUGUGGAAGUGAUAGUAAAGUCAUAAUGGACGAUGAAUACCAUUAUGAGUUCUUCACUGAAGCAAACGGACAAAAGAAAUUUGUUGUUUAUCCAUACGGAGCAACAUUUUCUAAUUAAGUGUCCAAUUAAUUUUUUAUAUCAGUAAAUGUGAAUUUAAAGUCUGAACAAUUGCAUUUAUCUUUCAGUAAAUGUGGUUUCCAAUACAUUUUAAAAUUUAUAAAUUUUCUGACUGAAAAUAAAGUAACAUUCUGAGCGAA